AUGUCGGCCUCACCUUCGGGUUCGACUGAUGUCGAAACCUCGGACUCUGAGUCUAACCACUCAAUCCGUGCACCCUCGCCUUCCUCAUUCCAGGGACCGCCAGCAGCCAGCACUCGAUCAAAGAGAUCGUUGGCUCAGUCGACCGCAAAUCCCGUUUCAGCCUCUCUCCCCCUCCAGCCUCCAUCAGCCAUGACUCGUGCAAAGAAGCUGUCGGUCCAGUCGACCAAAUCGAACACUUCGACCAGGUCAAACACUCCCACCAAGUCGAACACUUCGACCAUGUCAAACACUUUGGCCCAGUCAGACACUCCCACCAACGCCAAGGCACGGAAGGUCCAGUCGACCAAGUCGAGCAUUCGCCCUGAUGUCAGCGCCAUCAGUUCAGUCGCCAACUCCGUUCAGAGCUCCACAUCUACUACACUGUCUAGUGAUGUCGAAGAAGUGAAGACCACUGCAGAGCUCAGCCAACCUCCCAAGUCUGCUGGUGUCAGCCUAGUCAAGUCUAGCGACUCACCUCCGGCACUUGAACCUGCUCGUUUGAUCUCUAACAAGACGUUCGAGGAGGUUUCCCACCAUAGCUCUAUAUGCAGAGAGUUGCUGCUAGGCACAUACAAGAGCUUUCUUCGUGAGCUGGACCCGAAGGCCUCUCACUACAAGCAUUUGAAGGAACCUCCAACCCUGGAGACCAGCCUUGCUGAACUGCUUCAAGCCGUCACAUGGCAGAAUUCUGGCAGAUUUUAUCGCAAGGCUGAGAUGCGCAGAUUCUGGGAGACUGUCAAGGAUUUACACAAGACCGAAAAGCUGGUCUUCCAAACCUUGAACGCUGCUCGCGAUCUCAUGAGCGCCAAAUUCAACCACAACAAGUCUGAAGCCGACGAGAUCCUUGGUCAUUUGACCACCAUCAGCACUGCCAUCGAGGAAUUCUGCAGUCGCAUGUCUGCUCGCCUCACGCUUACGACCGAGCAGAGCAUCAUCUUCGGCGAAUGCGAUCUCACCAGCCCACAGCUUCUUUACUUUCGCCUCGCCGGCACUGAUAACCUGCCUUCAGUCGAGCAGCGUUUCCGCCUUCUCUGGGGAGUCUUCCCUAUUCACGGUAUGAGAACUCGUUUCCAUGGCUGGAACCAAGCUCUUUCUCGCAACAAUGCUGGCUUGAAGGCUAUGUUGAAGACUAUCUCUGUCGCCAUGGCUGCUUCUGGCACUGAGGAGAAGGUUCAGAUUGAAGCUCGCGGCGCCAAGAGAAAGGCCGAGGACGAGAUUGAGGACGAGGCUGAGGAUGAGAAUGAGCAGUGA